AUGCGAUUCCCUUACUUUCUGAUGGGAUUCGUGGUUAUUACGGUAAAUGCAGAACCCAUCAAUCUCUUGGACAACGGAUUAUCAGGCAAGUCACCCUUGGGCGGUUUGGUUUUUCAAUUUUCUUGUGAAUUAAAAUCGCUAAAUAAAUUUAAAGCUUUUGACAAUUGGUUAUUAUAGGAGAACCUUUGGUCGAUUGUAUGGAGGAUCGGGUGAAAUUGACUUUCCAGACAGAAAAACCUUUCAGUGGCCGAAUAUUUGUAAAGGGAAUGAUCGACAAUCCCAAUUGCGUCACCAAAUAUCCCUCUAAUAAGAACAGUUCUGUCCAAUUUCAACUUCAGAAUGGUGAAUGCAACAUGAGGAGAUCGAGAAAGGUGAGAUUAUGUACAACAAAAAUGCUCGCGCCUUGUUAAUAUUUGGAACAAACGACCACUCAUAUAAGACCUCGUCCUUUAUUUGGAUUUCUUUUUUAAGAUUACGGCAGUUUUAUUCGAGAUGAGUAUUUGAACUCUUUGUAACUACUAAUUACUCCGACUUCCAUUCCCGAAUAAUAGGAAGAGGUCUCGCUCCAGUUUCCUUUCAAAAGAAACAUAAUAAAAAACGGUAUUCCAGUUAGGCCCCGAACAACGGGGAGUAGAGCAAUCCAUUGUGGUGAUCGUAUCUUUCCACGAUACCUUUAUCACCAAGGUCGAUCGAGCUUACAGAUGCACUUGCUUCUACAUGGAGGCAGACAAAGUAGUUACCAACCGAUUCGAUGUCAGGUAACGUCGUAUGUCAAUGCACAAACCUUAUACAAUUACAGUGCUCUUCCGACCACAGAGUUGGUUGAUACAGCCAAGAUGCCACAGUGCACAUAUUCGGUGAGAAGGGGCUCGGUGAAUGGCCCGGUUGUGGCCUAUGCCACUAUCGGAGAGCCUGUAUUCCAUGUCUGGCAAUGUGAUAGCGGUAAGUUUGAUGGGAUUCUGCAAAGAAGCAACAUUUUCAGAUACUUUCUCCAUGCUCGUCCAUAAUUGUUUUGUCGAUGAUGGAGCUGGCAGAGAGCGGAAACCAAUCCUGGACGAAAAUGGGUAAGCCAUUUGAUGACAGAGUAUUUAAUUUAUACAGGGUGGUUCAGCCGGAGCUUCCAACCUGGUUUCAGGUAUUUCUCCGCCAAUGAUUCACCAAUUUCUAUAAAAUUUAUAUCAAAGAAUCUGUUUUGGUGCCUAGUUCAUCAAAAUUAUUAAAAUGGGUAGCCAAAAUGUGAGAAUGACUUUUACGCCUCAAGAAAGCCAGCGAAAAGGUUGGAAUAGUUGUCAAAAGUAGGCAGAACAAAAAAAUUUAAUAGUUGGCCAAAAACCUGGCUAGCAAAAAAGUUUGAUUGGAUAGCCAUAGUGUUAGAAUAUCUUCACAGACAAUACUUGGUAACGAUGGUAAACACUUUCAACAGCCAUUUUGACGCUUUGGCUUGCCGAUUCACAUUUUGGUCAGCCUUAAAAAAUUUUGUAAAGUUAUUCUUUGUCAGUUGGGUACGAAACGGCCCGCAAAAAAACAGAGCGCCCACUAUUUUCCCGACAGACUAAUAAGAUCGACCGAAUUCGAGUUCCAAAAUUUGGAAUGAAAAUGUGAAAGGUCAGUUCGGAGGCCUUCGGGAGCGUAGACCCGCCAUAUUUGGCGGCCAAAAAAUGGUCUCAGCUUCAAUUUGAUAUAAAUUUUAUAGAAAGUGGUUCAUUAUUAGCUGAGAAAUACUUUUGGGAGCUCCGGCUGAACACCCUGUGUAAAUUAAAUCACAAGGACGAGUUCAUAAGCAUCUUCUAACAAGGAAUAAUUCAGAUGUUCGAUUGACCCCAUUAUUGUGUCAGACCUCACUUACAACAAUGGCGCCAACCUUGCCUAUUCGGAGGUGAAUGUGUUCAAGUUUGCGGACAAAGUGACCACAUACUUCCAAUGCUCAAUCACAACAUGUAUGAUAUCUGAGGGAAUGUGCAAAGGGAUUACUGUAAGGGGUGAGAUCAAAUACAACUUCUUUGCAGCCUCCUCGAUGUGGUGCCGCGGCUCGGAAAAGAAGAACUGUGGGAGAAAACGCGACCAGAGAUGAGAGAAUGACCAUGGACAUCUCGGCCGAGAAGAUCGUAGUCCUCGAUUUGGAAGACAUCCAGCCUCGAGAAGAAGGGAGCGAACUUGAUGUUGUCGUAAAACCAUCUGCUCUGAAUGGCCAGCGAAUCGAGGAGAAUGUUCGCCAACUCAACUUGUUGUACCAACAUAAAAAGGUGUGCUUCAGUCAGCCUGCAAUGGCUCUGUUCGGGGGAUUGCUGGCCUUCCUUCUAUUCGUUGGCAUCACUUCUUUUGUCGUCUUUACUAUGCAAUUGCGGAAACGAGGAAAAAUCUGA